AUGCCAACAACAGCACCAAUCUCACUAAUUUUAUUGCUGAUUACACAAAUUUCUACCGCCUUUCGACCACAUUUUAUCGGGCCACCAUUCCGAAACCAUCUCUCAAUCGACGACAAUUUCCAUUUAGCGUCAAUAUGUGGCUAUCAGAAUCAAUACUCUCUUGAGAAAGAGUUCCCAUGGGCAAUUUCGCUCUUCAAAUUUAAACCAAAUUUCCCCCUGGAACUCUCACGAAAUCAGCUUGGCGGAUCAAUCAUUUCCCCGUUUCACAUUUUGACGGUCGCUCACGGUUUUCUCGUCUUCAAAGGUCAAGAAUUAACUCCGUGUAUAAUCGAUCGCUAUCGAACAAUCGACGAGCUUCAACAGCGAUUCGUGGCUUAUGGUGGGAAAUGCAUUCGAGGUUGGGACAAAGCGGAUUGGCUUCCGAACGAUCAACGAUGUAUGAGACCGGAUGUCACAUACAAUAAAAUCCGUUCCGUGAUGAUUGACGAGGAUUUUGCCCAGAAUCAUUGCAUGAAAGGACACGAUUGGGCGAUUAUUGAACUAGAAAAGCCGAUAGUUUGGAAUAACCACACAAAGCCGAUUUGCUUGCCAAACAGAAAUCUGUAUCUUGAUCAGAUUCUGAGUGUUUCUGGAUGGGGACGAGCUUCGGCUUUCGUUGAUGGAAAUCCGUAUAUUCGAGAGACUCCGAUGUAUCUGAAUCGAGAAUGUUCUCGGCCUUGGUCCGACACUUUACCCAAUGACGCCGAAGACUAUCUUUGUGCGAACUCGGUUGAUAUGAGAAACUACACAGCACCAAGGACAUGUCAUGGUGAUUCUGGGUCAGGAAUGGAGCAAAGAGAUCAAAAUGGACGAGCUGAACUCGUCGCGUUGACGUCAUUUGGCACAAAGGGAUGUCCUUCAAAUAUGUUGGCGAGAUUCACGAAAAUCGCGAACUACUUGCCACACAUUUGCACAAUUACGGGUGUUUGUUAUCGCAAUUUC